CGAUAAGAAUGUACACAAGUCAUUAGUAUGGCUUUGCACGUCGACGAGUAACCACGCAUGAUAUUUUUGAUAAACAACAGUCUAUAUUUACGAUAACACAACAAGAAGUAUUCACAAAAAAUAGUUGUUUUACAAGUGAUAAACGUUUGAACUCGAGGCUGUGCGAUAAUUUUGUGUACAAAAAAAUUUGAAGUUUUAUUUUUUAUGUUACUUUGAAGUGUGUAAAUAAUUAAGUGUGUGUUCAUUGUGAUUUGUGAACGAUUUUAUUUUUAGAGAAAAAAAGUACUCGAAGGAGUGUAGAAAGGUGGUGGAGUGAUGUAAAUCAAUCAUGGAGCAAGCAGAAUUAGUACCUUUGGAAACGGGUCUCCGGUCUCCCCGAGUGGCGCACACGACGCGGAACUGCUACCUGGCCCCCCGCAGCUGCUAUACCGCACCCCUCAGGCUCUGCAGACUGUUGGCACUACUCUUCGUCCUACCCAGCCUGUUCCUUACGAUUCCUCUGUAUUUAAGAUACCGCGUGUUCUCCGGUCAGAUGUACCCGAUGAGCAUGACCGAUAUGCGUCUGAUUGACAGCAAGAUAUCGCCCACUUGGUGCCAGAGACAGGUGGUGCGAUCCAACACGACGUUCAACGCGUUCGUGGUGCCAGGCCCUCCGGAGCUCACUGAGGACCUGGUGCCAGUCUCAAUGACGAGGGAACUGGAACUAGAGGAUGAUAUGAAGGAAUACUGGGGGUUUUACCUGUUGAAGGGAUCUUCGGUGACUGUUUCUGCUUGUGUUAGCUACCCAGGUGCCUCCCUCAUCAUGAUCAAAGGUUACAAGCAUCUGCAGGAGUGUGCGUACAUCGGAGACGACUCUUCGGAGGAAGUUGAUGAGCUACUGGAAGCCAACAGGCUUGGUCUGCUCUCUGAUGACGCGUUAGCUGAGAAGAUUAAAGAACUAAAGCUCGUUGAAGGAAAGGCUAAUGACCCGGGAACGAUGAGGCGACAUAAGUCAGGGAUCAGUUUCCACGAUCCUUACAACAAGGAGAAUGCUACAGCUUCCUCCGAGAGUGUGCCUAAUGCUGAUGUCACGGAUCAUGAUCCUAAGGAACUUAGAGAAAUCCUAGAACGUCUCCAUGCAUUACGAGAAGCAGCUAAGAUCCAAAUAGCGAAGAACUACCACCCGCCUGCCAAUAUCAUGUCACUUCCAGCGUUACAUAGGCACAGGGAUGCCAACGUGGACAAGGAUGAGAGGAAAUGGCUGUCUUUCCAAGAUCUCGAUGGCAACAAUAGCGUAGUAAAUACGACUGAAACUGCACUUAAUAAGACUGAAAUAAAAACAACCACUGAAGACAAACAAAUCAAUGUCAAAAUUUUAACCAAUGACACUAAAGUUGAUGAAACACAUAAAGCAAGAGAAAAUAAUGAAAACGUUGAUAAAGACAAACUAGUUGAAACAACUAUUGAACCACAGUUAGAAUUAACAGCUAUAAUAAUGAGUGAGGAGUCAAGUGAAGUGAAGGAAGUGGCUGCGGAAUAUUCAUCAGAACAGAACCAGAAUCCUCCAGAGCCGAAUUCGAAGGAAGUGUUCGAAGAUGUCCUGCAGAGAUUGCAAGCGUUGGGAGACAAGGGAAAGAGAGUGUUGCUCAAACUGCAUCAGACCAUGGGCGUGGAGUAUCAGGAGAAGCCGACAUUGCAAUCGAAGAAAGACAUAAUGUCAGUAGUGACUGGCAGCGGUGAGGAGUUGGACCGACUGCGGAAGGUGCUGGUCGAAGCCAUUGAUGAGGAGAAGAACAGAGCACAGAGGCAGAAAAAGCGCCACGACGCCUUCGAACAAGCGAGAAGUAAACGAGAAUCAAUGCUGGGCCAGAUAGACCUGGUGAAGGAGUUCAAUGAAAACGAUGAGGAAAGGAACCAUGCUGGUGAAGUGGAUGCAGACGGCUACGCAGAUCACCACAUGGUAGUGAAUGAAACCACUCCUCUCGACAUGAGCAACUCGGAGUUCUGGUCUUCCUUCUCCAGCAGUGAAGAGGCUCUCUUGGAGUGCGAGGGUCUGAUCCUCAACCUGCCUCUGACUCCUCACAGGCACUGUCACAGAGGGGCUUCGGAGGACGAGAGCUUUGCUGCUGCUAAGGCGAAUGCUCUUACUUAUAGGGUACCAGCAAACGGCUACUACUUCUUCGUGUUCAACUCUGAGAACGAAGUACAACGCAACUACAUCCGCGCUCGCUUCGCUCUGCAGAAGACGCGGUACGACGUCGCCCGCACCGCUCUGAGAGAAUGCAAGAAUAGUACGCAGAGAUGUGAUCUCGCUCUCGAUAUUUUUUCUACUCAGAAGGUGGUUUUAGAAGUGCCUCUCCGCAACAACGACUCGUUAUGGAACGAGCAGUUUGUGAUCAUAUCGGAAUGUGAACCCCGGACCUCCAUAUACAUGGUGUGUGUCAUCGCUGUGCCUAUACUUAUACUAGUGUUUGGAUUCCAAUGAAGAGAUUUACAUGU